AUGCACUACUCUCGGCUAUUCUUCUCUCUCUUCCUCCUCGUCGCCUUGGUUGUUGCUGUGCCUCUACCAAUGCCUUUAGAUGGCUUGUUUGAGAGGUCCGCCAACAGGAAGGGCGACGGUCUAAAGAAUUCCAAGACCACGGCCAAGGGAAUCCAGAAGAACAUCCACAUACAAAAGGACGAGCUGCACGAAGUCAAGGAUGUAAGGAAGGCUGAAGGGACGAAGAACUUCCGUAAGGAACAGAGUGAGCUCAAAGCCGAUAUCAGGGCAGGACAGAGACAGCGCGAAAGGAACCAGCAUACCGCCGAUCCAUCCAACAGGAAGCUGGUCAAUGGCUUAAAUAAGGUAAUGAGAAAUCCGACGCUAGUCGAGAAAGCCCAAGCCAAGGAGUACAAACAAGCCUCAUCUCUGAACGGGGGAAGAGGUGACAGGAAAACAUUGAACAAACUCAACCACGAGAUUCACGACGGUAUCAACGUGAACAAAGAGAACAAAAAGGCCGCGCCUACAGGCGCUGAGAGGCAAUGA